AUGGAAGCCACUAAGAUCCCUUCUUUCAUCAGUACUCAAGGCCAUGCGACCAUUGUCUCUCAGUCGGAGACGGUGACAACUGGUUCUGCUACUCAGACUGUGACUCGUAAGAGCUCGGGCGAGGGCGUGCUCAACUCAGUGAGGAAUGUGGUAUCGGGGGCGAUUAACGGAGCCAUUGCGGGCGCCCAAGGCGGCUACGUACAGCAGCAAGCCAUGACUACCAGCUACCAGCAGCCGACUACCAAUUACGCACAGCGACCCGCGCAGUCGACCACGUCCUACACGCAACAGUCGACGAUGCAGCUGCCGACCAUGCAGCAGUCGACUAUGCAGCAGCAGCCGAAGAGCUAUACUCAGCAGCCGACUACUACUAGCUACACUCAGCAGCCGACUACUAGCUACACUCAGCAGCCGACUACUAGCUACACUCAGCAGCCGACUACUAGCUACACUCAGCAGCAGAGUACUACGAGCUACACUCAGCAGCCGACUACUAGCUACACACAAAACACUGCCAACUACCAACAGACGACGGGGACUAGUUACACUAGCCAGUCGUCUGCUGUGCCGCCCACGCCAUCCAGCUACAUUCAGCAGUCCACUCAGCAGCAGACUCAGUCGAAUAACACUCUGCAGAGGCAAAGCAGCUACACGCACCAGCAGCCGACUAUCACACAGCAGACAAGCUACAACCAGUCUUAUAGCGGGUACACUCCGACUCAGCAGCAGACUACUGCUGUCCAGAGCAGCGCUACCUUCGGCACGGCGGGAACCCAGUCUAUGGGCCAAUCUACGAGCGACGUAAAUCGGAAGUCUUCUGUAGUCCGGAAGGAGUACGGCGACCAGCGUUUGAUCUCGGUCACGGAACACGUUGACGAAUCUCGGUCUCAUGUAAUCGGCGAACGCGUGGUGGAACACGCUGUGCAGAUCCCUCGCCGGAUUGUGCGUGAGGAAGUGAUUGAGAAGGUGAUUGUUGUACCUGAGAAGGUGGUAACUGAAGAGGUGGUAAACGACUCCCACAUGGUGAAGGAGAAAAUUAUUGAGAUCGCGAAGCCCGUAAUUGUGGAGAAGGUGAUCGAGGUACCUGAAAUUGAGUAUGUGGAGAAGAUUGUGGAAGUACCCCACAAGGUUAUUGAGGAGAAGUGGGUGGAGAAGCAGGUGGGACCGCCCCAGGUGAUCACGGAGGAAGUUAAGGUGCGCAAGCCCCGCGAAGUGCGCGUGGAAGUGCCCGAAUACACUUACCGGGAUGUGCCUGUUGACCGGGUGGUCGAGGUUGUGGAAUGGGUGGAUGAGGUUGUGGUUACGGAGAAGAAGGUGCAGAAGGAGAUCAUCGUCGAUGUGCCUGAGGAGAAGAUUGUGGAGGUGCCGAAGGUUAUAUCUCGCAAGCUACCAGUACCCGUAACCGUGGAGGCCGAUUACGAAUUCCGUCUCCCUCAAUUGCGCCCGGUCUACUCCAAGAAAGCCUACCCCGUUUAUAUUCCCAGGUUCAUCGAAGUGCCCGUGCCCGCUGAGAUGCUCUCCGCCAACAUGACAAACGCCAGCCUGUCCCAACUGGAGACAGUAAACACCUUCUCUAAGAACGCCGUCAGUCUGUGCGACGUGGAAACGACCGCUGCCGAAAUCAUGAGGGCCAACGUACAGAAGGAACUCUCCAACGUGGACGCGCAAGCGGCCAUCCAGCAAGCCUGGAACUCUGGUGCGCUCCGGCUCACCGCCGCCUAA